AUGACCCACAGGAGGAACAGGAGCUCCGGACUCGGAUCUACAAGGACUCGAGACCAAGACAACCCAGUUUCGCAUCAGAGAACCCAUGGGACCCGAAGAGAGUCCCUCGUGGCUCAAGCAGCGCCCAUGGUGCCUGAACUGCCGAGUGAUGCUGGCAAUACGAGCUCUUAUCCCAGUACUGGCCGGGACAGCCACAGCGUGAUCGAGACAGGCUUUCUCGGAUCCACCAGUUUCUUGUCCGUGUUCGCCGACGACGGUACCGAGAAUAUCAGUUCCCCCGGCCUCCCAAUUCCCAUAGGUCCAGGGCGAGCUCGAUCACAAGCUUACCAACGCGGUCUUACCCCAAAACUUCACCUGGUGGAGAUGUUGCGUUCCUCAUUUGACAAGUACGAGACACUUGUAACCGACUACUACAAGCGCAGCUUCUUCACGGUCAUCCCUGGCCCACUGAUCCUUCCUUCACUGUCGCGGAUGAGGUCCUUUCUGGAGUGUCCAGACCCUGAGAAUGCUGCAGGGAACGGACUCCGGGUGCGCAAGGCCGAUGCAGACCACCACCUCGCUGGGAAAAUCACCAGGAACAGCGAAGGGCCGUUACACAUAAGCUCGUCCACCACGCUGGAGGACUUUCUUGAGCUUUACACGGGUCGACACUGUCGAUGGGAAACGAUCGGCGUCAUUCUUGCCCUCGCUGGAACCGCGGCCGUUUUAUCUCCGAGGCAGACCACUUCCGAGUCGUCCGGCAAAGGUUCUGCAGAAGGCAAGGCGCUUGCGGCCGACUUGCUCGCAGCGAGCGACGUAUGCAUAAGUAUCUGCGAGCAGCAUCGGGGCCUGAGCGACAUAUUCAUCUGGCUACGUUACUCAAAUGCCGGCCUCGCGGCCCACAUACUCGGUGACAUGGAUAAUCACCUCUAUCGUCGCUUUGGUGAGUUCGUGUGUGACCUCUUUGCGUUGGGUUUCCAUCGCCAGAGAAGCGUCGAGUCCGGAGUGCCAUUUUACCUUUCCGAGACCCGCAAGAGGAUCUUCGCCGCAGCAUGUCGACGAGACAAGAAUCUUGCCACCUUUCUCGGACGCCCUCCCCAUAUCCACCGCUCCUACUGUGACGUGAGCCUUCCUCGAGACCUGGAUGAUGAAAGUGUUGCCCUAUCCGGAAAUGCGCUAAACACGGCUCUUGACAGUGUGGACGCCGCGGGCUGGAGCCAGGUGGCUUUGCCCGAAAAAAAGCUGCGGCCUGCGACUGUGAUCAGACUCCGGCACCACACUGCUGUGUUGCGUGAAAGAGUGCUGGAGCUCUGUCUCGGCCAAAAGUCGGAUCGAGUGGUCGAGGAUGCAAGCACCUUGAUCGACGAGUCUCACCGGAUGUGGGUCUCCAUUCCCUCCGAGUUCCGCUACGAACCUGACUGUUGGGGUCGACUUCCACCCACAGCGUGCAUGGUCGUGCUGACCGUGUACCUCGAAUACCUCUACAGUGUCUUCCAACUGCGACGUAUCCUCUGCCAAGCCAACUACAGCCGACAGGGGGAUCUCUUUCAGGUCUGCGUGCAGAUGCUGUCGGCGGUUCUUGACCUGGUGAACCAUUCUGGCGGGAGGGACGCCAUCUUGGGCCGCUACUAUCGAAUUUUCCUCUUCUACGCCCUGCCUUGCGCCGGGAUCUUGGCACGCGAGCUCCGGGACUGCGCAGCCUCCGGUCGAAGCCUGUCCGCCACGGUGUCCCGGUCGGAGAUCAUCCGGAAGCUCAGCGUCAUCGUCUCCUGGCUGGAGAAUGCAGACGUCGACCCGGGGGGAGAGCGCGGGGCGUGCGUCGAGGUGACGAGAGUGGUCGGUCGUUUGUUGGAUGAGGCGCUGAAUACCGGAACGAGUGGACCGUCGCGCGCGGAAACAGCCCCGCACAACGCGGCCCUCGUCGGCAACCAAGUUCGCGGCAGUGAGCGCAAUUUUCAAGCUCAAAACGAUUGGCCAAGUGGGCCGUUCUCGUCGUCGAUCCCGGAUUUCAAUCCGCGAGCCGAGAGUUGGCUUUUUGACCACGGAAUGACUGAAGAGUACUUCUCCUGGCUAGACAGACUCGACUCCGAGGGAGCAUUCCCCGGGCUGGACUACGACCUGGAUUCGACCUUGUGA